AUGACGGACACUGCACAAGACCAUCGCAUCGCCCGCGCACCGCAUCUCUGGGCCCUUGGUGUCGGCGCCGUCAUCAGUGGCGACUCUUUUGGGUGGCAAACCGCGCUGUCGGCUGGGUUUCUUGGCCUGGUUGUCAACCUCGUGAUUGCGUCGGCGCUGUACAUACUCCUGUCGUUCUCGAUCACCGAGCUGUCGACGUCCAAUCCUUGUGGUGGUGGGCCAUAUGCAUUUGCCCACCGCGCGUUGGGGUCGACCGCGGCAUACUUUGCUGGGCUGGCCGAAGUGCUCAAGGUGGUGGUGACGGUCGCGGUGAUUUCCAUAGGCAUCGGGUCGUACAUGAACCAACUCCUGCGCCAGGUCGCCAAGACAGUGCUGUCAGUCGAGAUCCUCCUUUUGUUUUACAUGGGCGCGAUCUCUAAAGUCGACUACGGCUUGUGGGUGAAGCAACAGGACUGGGAGUGGAAAGACAACGCGCCUGGCCUUGUCAACGGGUUCUCGUUCGCAAUGUGGUUCUUCCUUGGAAUUGAAGAGCUGCCGCUUGCUAUCGAAGACACGAUCGACCUGCACGUGAACAUGCCGAAAGGUCUCCUUUCGUCCAUCGCUACGUUGCUUGUCCUGGCAUUUGCAACGUCCUUCUUCAACACGGCCAUCGCGCCUGGGGCUGCGGCCAUCUUUGCAUCGGUGUCGCCGCUCUUGGACGGAUACAAGACCGUCUUUGGCGACAACAGCGUCACAUCGGGGUUCUCUUGGCUGUUAAUCGUCGGCCUCUUGGCGAGCUUCCACUCGUUCAUCUAUUGCAUGGCGCGCCUUGUGCCAUCUUUACGAUCAUCCACCAAGGAUCGGCCAGCACCGAUUUUUUGGUGUCGAUCGUGA